AUGAGAGUUAUUAUACAAAGAGUAAAAAAGGCUAUAUUAAGCGUUAAAAAAGAACUCAUUCAAGAAAAUGAAAAUGAGUUAGAAGUUUUUAGCAAAAUAAAUGAAGGAUUAGUUUGCUUUAUUGGAAUUCAUAGGGAUGAUACAUGGAAAGAUGCAUUAUAUAUAAUAAAAAAAUGUUUAAAUCUAAGAUUGUGGCCAGAUAAUGAGAAAAGUUGGGAUAAAAGUGUAAAAGAUUUAGAUUAUGAAAUAUUGCUUGUUUCUCAAUUUACACUAUUUGCAAAUACAAAAAAAGGAAAUAAACCAGAUUUUCACUUAGCAAAGGAUCCUAAUGAUGCUUUAAUUUUUUUUAAUAAAAUAGUUGAAGAGUUUAUAAAAGAAUAUAAAAAAGAAAAAAUAAAAACUGGAAAAUUUGGGUAUCAUAUGAAUAUUGAAGUUAUAAAUGAUGGCCCUGUUACUAUUUCCAUUGAUAGUCAUGAUAUUAAUUUAAAUAAAUAA